AUGCGGUGCGUAAGCUGGUUGUUGCUGGGGACCUGCCUCUUGGUUCUGGGCCCCGCAGUGCAGGGCGCCCCGGGCCAGUGCCCCAGCUUGUGCCACUGCCACGGUGAUCUUCAGCACGUCAUCUGUGACAACGUCGGGCUCAAGAAGAUCCCUCGGGUGUCAGAGGCCACCCGUCUGCUGAACUUGCAGAGGAACAACUUAGGCAACAUACCCACGGGGGCCUUCAGCGAAAGCAAGGGACUCAUCUCUCUGCACAUGCAGAAUUGCCAACUCCGAGAGAUUGGAUCCCAGGCCUUCAAGGGGCUGAAGAAGCUCAUCUACCUCUACCUAUCCAACAACGACAUCAGCAGCAUCAAGCCGGGCGCCUUCGAUGACCUGACCGAGCUCACUUACCUCUAUCUAGAUGGGAACCAGAUAAGUGACCUGGCUAAGGGCAUCUUCUCCCCAAUGAUCAACCUCUUUAUUCUGCAGCUCGAUGACAACAAGCUCCGGGAGUUGAGGUCGGGUACGUUCUCAGGUGCCAAAGAUUUACGCUGGCUGCACAUGAGCGGGAACGAGCUGUCGACCAUGCAGCCGGGCUGUCUGGACGACGUGGAGAACCUCGCUAUACUUCACCUGGAAAGGAACAAGCUGUCCACCUAUCCCAGUGUGGCAAUGAGCAAACUGCGAGUGGUGGAGGAACUCACGCUGGGGAGGAACCCCAUGAGGACCAUUCCAGACAACGCCUUCCAGAGCUUUGGGCGCUACAUGGAGAAACUACACCUGGACAACAUGGGUCUGGAGAGGUUCUCUGAAGGUGCGUUUGUUGGUGUGACAGCAGUCAAGUCGCUAAACCUGGACAACAACAAGCUAAAGUUUCUUCCCAGAAGCCUCGAGUUUGGUACCAUCACAAACCUCACCCUCUCCAACAACCCAUGGAGCUGCGCAUGUCAGCUAGCUCCGCUACGCAGGUGGAUGGACUCAAGCCGCAAUCGUCCAGAUGCAGUGUGUGCUUCUCCACCUCCGCAGAAAGGCAAGCAAGUCAGAGACAGCACCGCCUUUAGUGGCUGCAGAGUCAAGCAGAAGAGAGCCAAAAAGGGCACACGUCAUUGAACACACAACUGAACAGGAGACGCUGAGGAGGAGCCUGUCCAGGUGACCGGCUACAUGUGCAAAGAAAGCAACGCUCACUCAUACUACUUCGUGACUGUCCAUCUAUUCAUCUGCCAGAUGUUGUCAAACACAUUCAUACUGUACAUACACGUGCUCUCUCUUUGUCUGUCUCUCUAACACGCAAACACAUGAAGAGCUUUAUGGACCUAAUUUCAUUUCAUUUUCCUUCAUUUAUACCAAAAAUGAAGACUUAAGUAUGAAGUGGAAGUGUACACAAUUCAGGUAAACACCCAAAUAAAGGAUGCAUUUCAAUAAACAACAGCUACAAAGACUAUUAAGGAAAGAUGUGUUGCCUUUUCCUCAGAACAGUGAAUACAGAGAAAAGUCUGAAUGUUAUUUACUGAAGAUAAUAUUCAUUCCAGUGUCUUAAUUAGCCUGAAAAUAAUGUAAGGACAAACCAGAUGAGACUGAAGCUGCAGUAUUUCUUAUAUUUUUGUUGAAGUAUGGGCCAAAGCACAUCUUAAUGUUCUUAGUGUUGUCAAAGGCAUCUGUGAUUCAGGCUCAUUGGACAGACUGGCAGCAGUACAAAGAUAUUCUC